AUGAAGUUCUCAACGCCAAUCUCGCUGCUCCUUGCAGCAAUAGCUGCGCCGAUCCAAGCUGCCUUCACCUGGCAGAAUGUCAAGAUCGGAGGCGGAGGCGGUUUCGUCCCCGGCAUCGUUUUCCACCCCAAGACGGCUGGCGUCGCCUAUGCGCGAACUGACAUCGGCGGACUCUACCGCCUCAACUCGGACGACUCAUGGACAGCGGUGACGGACAGCAUAGCCGACAACACCGGCUGGCACAACUGGGGAAUCGACGCCCUUGCCCUCGAUCCUCAGGAUGACAAGAAGGUCUACGCCGCCGUGGGCAUGUACACCAACGAUUGGGAUCCCAACAAUGGAGCCAUAAUCCGUUCUUCUGACCGCGGCGCGACUUGGAGUUUCACUAACCUUUCUUUCAAAGUGGGUGGUAACAUGCCAGGACGUGGAAACGGAGAGCGUCUAGCGGUUGAUCCUGCUGACAGCAAUAUCAUCUACUUUGGCGCGCGCUCCGGCAAUGGUCUUUGGAAGUCCACCGAUGGCGGUGUCACCUUCACCAAGGUCUCCUCCUUCACGGCCGUGGGCACCUUUGCCCCAGACCCUUCGGACACCAAUAAUUACAACAACGACAAGCAGGGUCUCCUAUGGGUGACCUUCGACAGUACCUCGGGCACAACCGGAGGCGCAACCUCGCGCAUCUUCGUUGGCACCGCUGACAACAUCACUGCUUCGGUGUAUGUGACCAAUGAUGCGGGCGCGACGUGGACUACGGUUGCCGGACAGCCUGGGACCUACUUCCCGCAUAAGUGCAAGCUGCAGCCCAGCGAGAAGAUGCUGUAUCUUACGUACAGCGAUGGCACAGGGCCGUACGACGGCACAUCUGGAGCAGUGUACAAGUACGAUAUUACAGCCAAUACUUGGACGAACAUCACUCCCGUUUCUGGGUCGGACCUGUACUUUGGUUUUGGUGGCCUCGGCGUGGACAUACUUGCGUCCGGGACGAUAAUGGUGGCUAGUUUGAAUUCGUGGUGGCCCGAUGCGCAGAUCUUCCGGUCGACAGAUUCGGGCGCCACAUGGAGCAAGAUUUGGGAAUGGGCUAGCUACCCAAGCAUGACGUACUACUAUUCGAUGACAACCCCUAAAGCCCCCUGGAUCACCACAAGCUUCAACGACCUCGCCGACGCUGAGCGUCUAGGCUGGAUGAUCGAAUCCCUCGAGAUCAACCCGCACGACAGCGACCACUGGCUCUACGGCACGGGUCUAACCAUCUACGGCGGCCAUGAUCUAACGAACUGGGAUAGCAACCACAACGUCUCGAUCCAGUCCCUCGCGGACGGAAUCGAGGAAUUCGCCAUCCAGGGCUUGGCCUCUGUCCCCGGUGGCAGCGAAUUACUAGUCGCUAUGUACGACGAAAACGGCUUCACCUUUGCGAGCAAAAGUUCCUUGACCACAUCGCCUAGCAAGAAUUGGAUGGAUCCCGAGUGGUCAUCGUCCACAGGCGUGGAUUACGCCGGGAAUUCAGUGUCCAACGUCGUCCGCGUGGGUAAUGUGGCCGGGACGGCGCAGGUUGCGCUGUCUAAUACGGGCGGAGCGUCUUGGUACGCCCACUCGGGGGCCGGGACAACCAUGUACGGCGGUACGGUGGCGUACUCUGCAGACUCGGACACUAUUCUGUGGUCUACGGCUUCCAAUGGCGUGCAGCGGUCGCUAAACCAGGGGAGCUUCGCUGUGGUGGCUAGUUUGGCUUCAGGUGCUGUUAUUGCGUCUGAUAAGAAGAACGGGACUGUCUUUUACGCCGGUUCUGGGGCCAAGUUCUACGUGAGCAGAGAUACAGGCAGCACAUUCACGGCCAGUGGGGCUUUGGGGAGCGCGACUGCGAUUAGAGAUAUUGCUGCGCAUCCCACCACCGCAGGAACGGUCUGGAUCUCGACUGAUGUGGGGGUUUUCUACUCAACUAAUUACGGUGCUUCGUUCACGCAGACCUCGACCAGCCUCAGCAAUACGUAUGCCAUUGCUCUCGGUGUCGGUUCUAGCACGAACUGGAACGUGUAUGCCUUUGGCACGGGCUCAGCGGGUGCGAUGCUCUACGCUAGUGCUGAUAAUGGCGCGAGCUGGACUAGUAUCCAGGGCAGUUCUCAGGGGUUCGGUGCUAUCGAUAGCUGUAUUCUGGCUGGGAGCGCGAGUACAGCGGGACAGGUGUACGUCGGGACCAAUGGGAGGGGCGUAUUUUGGGCGCAGGGGAGUGUCAGUGGCGGGAGUGGAUCUGGUACCACAACAGGAGCGUCAUCGAUCACGACUACCGAGGGCACAUCGUCAACUGCCACAACAGGGAAAAGCACAACUAGCAACGUUUCGACCACUAGCUCGACUUUGAAGACUAGCACGACAUCGACGGUGAAGGCGAGUACGAGCACGACUACAAGCACCGGUCCGAGCUCGACGUCAACGGCUGUUGCCCAGCAUUAUGCGCAGUGUGGUGGCACGGGAUAUACCGGGCCAACGGUUUGCUUGGCACCUUAUACUUGUACGGUGCAGAAUGAGUAUUAUUCGCAGUGUCUAUAA